AUGAGCUUCCGGGGCUUUCAGAAAAGCGUCAUCCGGGCGCCCCAGCAAUUCAAGUCGCGCUUCAACAUUGGCGAGCACACAAAGGAUGCCGUUUACAUCGAUUCCGAGCGCAGAUUUCAGGAGCUGGAAACCGAAACGAAGCGAUUGCACGAUGAAUCCAAAAAAUACUUCGACGCCAUCAACGGCAUGCUCAGCCAUCAGAUCGAAUUCAGCAAGGCCAUGACCGAGAUCUACAAACCCAUAUCCGGUCGCAUGUCGGAUCCCGACAGUUUAGAGGUUCAAGGCAACCCCGAGGGCAUCCGUGCCUGCGAGGAGUAUGAGGCCGUCGUCAAGGAUCUUCAGGAGACUCUUGCGCCAGAGUUGGAGAUGAUAGAAAGUAGGGUUAUUCGCCCAGCCAACGAACUCCUCGAUGUCGUCAAGGUCAUUCGCAAGUCAGCAGCGAAGCGCGAACACAAGAAGCUCGAUUACGACCGGCACCGACAAACUCUCAAGAAGCUGCAAGACAAGAAGGACCGGAAUGCCAAGGAUGAAAAGGCUCUGUGGAAGGCAGAGAACGACGUGGAGCAGGCGACCCAGGAGUUCAACUACUUCAACGAUCUCCUCAAGGAGGAACUGCCACGCCUCUUCGCCCUCGAACAACAAUUCAUCCAGCCUCUCUUCCAGUCUUUCUACUACAUGCAGCUCAACAUCUUCUACACGCUGCACGAGAAGAUGCAACACUGCGACAUCGGCUACUUCGAUCUAACACUAGACGUGCUCGAAGCAUUCCACAAGAAGCGAGGUGAUAUCCAAGAGCAGGCGGAAAAGUUAUCCAUUGUGAAAUUCAAGACAACCGGUCAGAGACGCCCGGUUAAAUACGGUGGCCGUCCCGCGAUCGAGGGCAAGCCUCAACACCUGCUUACCGCUGGACCUUCUUCCUCUUCAGCCUCUGUAGCAACAACCUCAGCAGCGCCCACAAAGUACGGCGGUUACACCAAACAAGGAGAAACCGCCGACUCGAAUCCGCCACCUCCAUACUCUCCUCCGCCCACAAACGGAACUGCUGGUGGUGGACUCGCCGCCAUCGCAGCAGCAAAAUCAAAGCCCCCUCCGCCCAAGCCCAAGCCCAGCCGACUCAGCGGAGUGCCUGCGGCCGAGCAUGUCACUGCCUUGUAUGACUACGCUGCGCAAGCAGAGGGUGACUUGAGCUUCAGGACUGGCGACGUAAUUGAGAUCAUCAGCAGGACAAAGAAUGAGAAUGAAUGGUGGCAAGGUAGACUGAACGGAAAGACUGGGCAAUUCCCAGGAAACUACGUGAAGUUGAAUUGA